AUGAAAGAUGCGGAAGAGCUACUGCGACAUCCGCUACAGCUCUUUCCCUGGGACCGCUGGACAAUGGGCGAUACAACGACCGUCACAACGGAUCCUGAAAGUGGGGCAAUGGCCACAGCGUUUCAGAAAAAGUCUCGCGACGCGUGGGAGGCCGGAAAAGCGCUUCGGCGUGCGCCCGUUCUGGACGAACUCGAGCGAGCGGCACAAGAGAGUAAGGCGAAGAAAGAGCUCAGCUCGUGCGACGGUUCAAACCGCUUGAACAGCUCUAUUGGGUCCAUUCGCUCGGACACUGAGUCGCACACGGCAUUUCGGAUACGUUCGCAGCAGUCGUGGCGCCAACAGCGCCAGUCGUUGCUCGAGGAAGCUGCUACAAUUGGUGAAGCGAAACGGUUCGUGCAGGCAGAGACAGACCGUGUGGAAUCGAGUCUGGCAGCGAAAUUGCUGCAGAGAGGCUAUGGGCUGGACUCUAGUCCGACGAUAACGGACGGAGGGGAUCGGGGUGUACCCAGUGACAGCUCGAAAGGCGAAGAGGUCGAAGGUUCAGGACUGCCUCAAGAGUCUCAUGAUGCGAUCCGACAUCGGCUGGUAGAGUUUUACACCAAGUACAACCCUGAAAAGUUGAACAGCAUCGACCGGACGCUGGAACUGUACCGCGGUCGGGAAGACGAGCUGUUUCAGAAGCUGGCUCAGCGUUAUGUCGCGGACGCUGGCUUGAGUCUGCAAGAACGCAAGAAGAAGUUUGUCACGAAAGAGACUGAUCCCAGCGUCUACAUGGACAUCUCGAUAGCUGGCAUUCCCGCGGGCAGGAUCGUCAUGCGUCUACUGCAGAACCAAGUUCCGCUUGCUUCGGAGAACUUUCGCUGCCUAUGCACGGGCGAAAAGGGCGGGAUCCUUACGUUUCGAGGCUGCAAGUUUCACCGCAUCAUCAAGAACUUUGUGGUCCAAGGCGGCGACUUCACCACAGGGGAUGGCACUGGCGGCCAAAGCAUUUACCGCGGAACUGCGCACGGGGAUCUCUGGGGAAACUUCAAGGAUGAGCGCUUCCUACCACAUGACGACGUCGGGCUGCUGUCAAUGGCCAACGCAGGCAAGAACACAAACGGUUCGCAGUUCUUCAUCACCACUAAAGCAGGUCUGACGAAUCUGAAUGGCAAACAUGUGGUUUUUGGCGAAGUCGUUGAGGGGCUGAACGUCGUCGACGCGAUGCAAAAUGUGGAGGUGGACCGGACCACGGGCCGCCCACUGUCAGCAAAUCAAGUUGAGGUCGUCGACUGUGGCGAACUGUAG